GCGUAGCGUCGACGUUCAAGUAACAACACAAAACACCACAACGACUAUGAGGUGGAUUCUUUCUUUUCUGCUGCUGGCAUUUCUGGCCACUGUGCAGGCCGUGAGCUCUGCUGGGUAUAAAUUGCUGGUGGUGCUGGAGGAAUUGGCAGACAAGUCCAAAUACUCAAAGUACCUGGGGGACCUGGAAGGUAAGUUCAAGAAACAGCUUAUGUGAAGCUUUUUUUUUUGCUGGCAGAUUUUCAAUUCUAAUAUGGGGCAACUACAGCUAGAGGCUUCUCGAUAUCCUACGAAUCACCAAAGAGCGACAAAGUUGCGCUUUUCACAUUGGGCGAGAGGGCUUGGGAUCAUGUACUCAUUCUCCCACCAAAGGCGAAGGGACUGGGGCCACUAUUGACACCAAAACUCCUCCUCGACUUUAUCAAUGCCGGUGGAAACAUCCUCGUAGCACUGUCUGCAUCACAGCCCACUCCAUCGGGGCUGAUAUCUCUCCUCCUCGAACUCGAUAUCCAUAUUCCCACCGAUCGUUCUGCUCUCGUGAUUGACCACUUCAACUACGACACCUUGAGCGCAGCAGAAAAACACGACGUCGUUCUCGUUCCCCGACCGGAUGCGAUCCGACCAGAUGUUAAGAACUUCUUCAAGGGCGAUGGCAAGGGUGGAGAGGCAAUUGCAUUCCCCCGCCCUGUUGCACAAACUCUUGGAAAUGCCAGUCCUCUCUUGACUCCUCUUAUUCGAGCACCACGAUCCGCAUACUCAUAUAGUCCCAAGGAUGAUGUUGACAGUGUCGAGGAUCCAUUCGCGGUUGGACAACAAUUGUCCUUGAUUACCACCAUGCAAGCCAGAAACUCCGCACGUUUUACUGUUGUUGGUUCUUCCGAGCUGCUCGAGGACACUUGGUUUGAUGCCAAGGUUAAGCGCAGCGUGGGAAUGAACGGUGCUCCAGCUGGGAACGAGUUCAAAACAUCCAACCAAGCUUUCGCGAAGGAGGUUACGGGAUGGACAUUCAAGGAGACUGGAGUUUUAAAGGUUGGCCAAAUCGAACACCACCUCAACGAGACGGGAUCCGAAAUUGUGUCCAAUCCAAAGAUUUACCGAGUAAAGAACAAUGUUGUAAGUUGAACUUUUGCAGAUGAAACUUAACAACCGCUAAUAUUACUCUAGUCAUACUCAAUCGAGCUCUCCGAGUACUCUUGGGAUAAAUGGAUUCCUUUCACCCCACCAACCGGCGACAUCGUCCAACUCGAAUUCUCCAUGCUCUCACCAUUUCACCGUUUACCCCUCAAAGUCGCAGAGACCACCCUCACCUCUACCAUCUACACAACCAGCUUCAAGCUGCCAGACCAACACGGAAUCUUCAAUUUCAAGGUCAACUACAAACGACCAUUCUACACCAACGUCGAGGAGAAGAACACCGUUACCGUUCGUCAUUUUGCACACGAUGAGUGGCCAAGGAGUUGGGUCAUCACUGGUGCUUGGCCAUGGAUUGCGGGUAUUGGAGCUACUGUCACUGGAUGGGUGGCUUUUGUUGGGCUAUGGUUGUGGAGUAAACCCGUUCCACUGAAGGGAGCCAAGGGCGGAAAGAAAAACCUGUAAUGUUGAAAUGAAAGGAUAGGUUUUCGGAGGUUCGGUUUUUUCGUAUGAUAAAAAGGAAAAACGCGUAUAGGGCAUAGAUGGCAAUGACAUCAUAUUUUUGGGUUCUCUCCUUUAUUUAUCUAGACGAUAGGAGGAUAUUGAGAGUGAAGAAUUAUAGUAGUACCAAAAUCUAUCUUUUUGUUUUUUUCAGGGUUUGUUGUUUAUGUAUCUCUGUGGGAGGAUGUUUUGAAAAGCAGGUGUAUUGUAAGGGUU